AUGGCUACUUUACCGGGAACAGUGCCUCGAAUGGUGCGUCCUGCGCCAGGCCAGAAUUACCCCCGAACCGGCUUUCCACUGGAAGUGUCCACGCCUUUGGGUCAAGGCAGAGUCAACCAGCUCGGCGGCGUCUUCAUCAACGGGAGGCCGCUUCCAAACCACAUCCGACACAAGAUCGUGGAAAUGGCACAUCAUGGCAUCCGGCCCUGCGUCAUCUCGAGACAGCUGCGCGUGUCUCACGGCUGCGUCUCCAAGAUUCUGUGCCGGUACCAGGAGACCGGCUCCAUCCGUCCAGGUGCCAUCGGAGGCAGCAAGCCCAGGCAGGUGGCAACUCCGGACGUGGAGAAGCGCAUCGAGGAGUACAAGCGUGAGAACCCGGGCAUGUUCAGCUGGGAGAUCCGGGACAAGCUGCUGAAGGACGGCGUGUGCGACAGAAGCACUGUCCCUUCAGGUGAGGCAUCCUCUGUGAGCUCCAUCAGCCGCGUUUUGAGGGCGCGAUUUGGCAAAAAAGAUGACGAGGAUGACUGUGAUAAGAAGGACGAAGAUGGAGAAAAGAAAACAAAGCAUAGCAUCGAUGGCAUCCUCGGUGAUAAAUGUAACCGCACAGACGAGGGCUCGGACGUAGACUCGGAGCCGGACCUGCCCCUGAAGAGGAAGCAGAGGCGCAGUCGCACCACCUUCACCGCAGAACAGCUGGAGGAGCUGGAGAAGGCCUUCGAACGCACGCACUACCCCGACAUCUACACCCGCGAGGAGCUAGCACAGAGGACCAAGCUCACUGAGGCCAGGGUCCAGGUGUGGUUCAGCAACAGGCGUGCCCGAUGGCGUAAACAGGCAGGAGCCAAUCAGCUUGCGGCGUUUAACCACCUGCUUCCUGGAGGAUUCCCCCCGACCGGGAUGCCCACUCUGCCCACAUACCAGCUCCCCGAAUCCAGCUACCCCAGUACUACACUAUCACAGGAGGGUGGCAGCACGUUGCACAGACCCCAGCCCCUCCCCCCCUCCUCCAUGCACCAGGGCGGUCUCAGCGCUGACAGUAGCUCGGCCUACGGUCUCACGUCCAACCGCCACAGCUUUUCCAGCUACUCGGACACCUUCAUGAGCCCCUCGGCCUCCAGCAACCACAUGAACGCGGUCAGCAACGGACUCUCGCCACAGGUGAUGAGCAUCCUGAGUAACCCGAGCGCGGUGCCCUCCCAGAGCCAGCACGACUUCUCCAUCUCGCCCCUCCACAGCAGCCUGGAGAGCUCCAACCCCAUCUCAGCCAGCUGCAGCCAGCGCUCCGACCCCAUCAAGAGUGUGGACUCCCUGGCCUCGUCCCAGUCCUACUGCCCCCCCACCUACAGCGCCACCAGCUACAGCGUGGACCCCGUCGCCGCAGGAUACCAGUACAGCCAGUAUGGACAGAGUAAGUCUGCGGUCGACUACCUGGCUAAGAAUGUGAGCCUGUCCACCCAGAGGAGGAUGAAGCUGGGAGACCACUCGGCCGUGCUGGGGUUGCUUCAGGUGGAGACAGGGCAGGCCUACUAA